AUGCGGGCCAGCCGCGGUUUGUCCCCGGCGCACGCCUCCCUGUCACCGUCGCCCGUGGGAGGAGUGCGCCUGGGAUGCGGCGCGCUCUCUCCGGCGCAUCACGCCAGGGUCCAUCGGCGGCAACUCGUGGGAACAGCUCCGCGCGCGCAUAGCGGUGGCGAGGGGCUGUUCGGAGACGCUGAAGCAGAAGGCCCGCAGUUGUCCCAGGACUGGCGAGCAUUCCGUGCACAAUUAGUAGCUCAGGAGAGACAUACCCCUGAGGUCCUGUCAACAACUGCACCUUCCAGGGGUGGCAAGUGGGUGCAUGAAUUGUCAGCACCAGAAGUUGGGUGCCUCCUGGUUGCACGGUAUGAGGACAUGGGGAUCUUCAGCAAGAGCGUGAUUCUGCUGCUUGCCCACAAUGAUGCUGAAGGGACACUUGGACUGAUACUGAAUCGCCCCACGCCACUGACAUUAGAUGGGACUCGUUUGCAAGCACCUUGGAGCAAAGGCGUCCUUGGAGAGGAGAGGUUGUACCUUGGGGGCCCUGUCAACCUCAACAAAGUAAACAUCAUUCAUGGAUGCAAAUCACUGAGUGGGACAAAAGAAGUUGUGGAGGGUGUUUACUAUGGAGGCGACCUCACACCUGCAGUGGAAACCAUGGACGACAAGAGCACUAUCCAUGUGUUCAUGGGCUAUGCAGCUUGGAGCGAACAUCAACUAGCCGCUGAGCUCCAUGACAACUCUUGGUGGGUGCUGGCCGCCUCGAAAGAUGUCAUUCUGGGAGGGGUUACAGGGGUGGAUCUCAUGGACAAAGAAUACUACAGCAACUACUGGAACGACGUUGUUCAGCUGAGCGGCCUCGAGCACAAGCUGUGA